AUGAAGGAGAUCCUUCUGGCAGGGGACACGAAUCGGCUUGUGGCCGAGCUCACGUUUGUUCGUAUCAACGACUUGGCGGCGCCGCCGGAGAAGAUCCAUCCCCUGAUCUUCAUCGAACCUUUCGUUGCGGUGCUGAUCAUCGCAAAUGGUAUCAUGAUUGGCUUCCAGACAGAUCCUGGGUAUGAGGACUGGGGUGGAUGGAUUUACCUCGAGGUGGUGUUUGCUGCGGUUCUGGUGGUUGAAUGUGCAUUCCGGGUACACCUAUCCGGAUGGAAGAACUACUUCUGUGGCACAGACUACGCCUGGAAUUACUUCGACCUGUUCCUUCUAUUCACCGGUCUUACCGACAUCGUGGUGGAAGUUGCGGUGCAGGCGCAAUCUGACUUUUUCGGAGCCUCGCUUCUCAGAUUUUGUCGCCUCAUUCGCCUGGUGCGAGUUGUCAAAGUCUUCCGGCUGAAAUACAUGAAGGAGCUCCGAUUGAUGGUGAAGGGCCUCGUCGGUGGCUUUCGUACUUUGUUUCUGUCAUUCGCAUUGCUCUUCGCGGUGCUCUACGUCAUAGCAGGCUUCGCCACCAUGACUAUUGGUCGGGAUUCGCUGGUUGCUGAUCUUGGUCUCACCACCCACUUCCAGAACAUCCCUUCGUCUAUGUUCACAGCUUUCAGAUGCUUCUCCGGGGAGUGCUUCGCAGCGUCAGGUCUGCCAAUUGCAGCCGUCCUGGAGGAUUCCCACGGUUUGCCUUUCGUCCUGGGCUAUGUGGUGUGCUAUAUGCUUGUCUCGUUGGGAAUCUACAACGUGAUCUUGGCAGUUUAUGUGGACAUCACCAUGAGAGCUGCGAAGGAGUCGGAGGCGGUCACUGCCGAACAGCAUUCUCGCGAGUCCAUCCGGAUUGCCCGCACCACGCGUGAGCUCUUGAAGAAGUUCGCGGCGGCCUACAGGCAGUUCCAGGAUUUGGACGAGAAUGAGACCUCGCACAAGAAGCACCUGGACUUCAGCCCGAUGGAGUCCAACUUCACCGACGAGGACAUCCACGGCCACAUCGCGAUCACGAAGGAGCUCUUCCUUCUCGUGAUCCAGGACCAGUCCGUCCAGUUCCUUAUGGAUGAGCUAGAGCUGCCCCAUGACCGUGCGAACCUGUUCGAGAUUAUCGAUGCUGACGGGAGUGGUACACUUCACGUCACCGAGUUGGUUCAGGGACUGCUAAAGAUCCGCGGGGAAGUCAAGAAGAGCGAUGCUGUCGCUACGCUGCUCGCGACGAAAGCAAUCCAGAAUCAAUUGGUCGAGUUGCGGACAGACGAGAAAGAGUUUCAGAGCACGGUGUUGAAGCUUCUUCAGCCUGGAAGGAUAUCUGUGGCUUCCACGAAGAUCGUGCCGUAA